AUGACCAUAUAUUAUAAGAAGCCACUGACCAUAUAUUAUAAGAAGCCACUGACCAUAUAUUAUAAGAAGCCACUGACCAUAUAUUAUAAGAAGCCACUGACCAUAUAUUAUAAGAAGCCACUGACCAUAUAUUAUAAGAAACCACUGACCAUAAAUUAUAAGAAACCACUGACCAUAUAUUAUAAGAAGCCACUGACCAUAUAUUAUAAGAAGCCACUGACCAUAUAUUAUAAGAAGCCACUGACCAUAUAUUAUAAGAAGCCACUGACCAUAUAUUAUAAGAAACCACUGACCAGAUAUUAUAAGAAGCCACUGACCAUAUAUUAUAAGAAACCACUGACUAUAAAUUAUAAGAAACCACUGACCAUAUAUUAUAAGAAGCCACCGACCAUAUAUUAUAAGAAGCCACUGACCAUAUAUUAUAAGAAGCCACUGACCAUAUAUUCUAAGAAGCCACUGACCAUAUAUUAUAAGAAGCCACUGACCAUAUAUUAUAAGAAGCCACUGACCAUAUAUUAUAAGAAACCACUGAUCAUAAAUUAUAAGAAACCACUGACCAUAUAUUAUAAGAAGCCACUGACCAUAUAUUAUAAGAAGCCACUGACCAUAUAUUAUAAGAAGCCACUGACCAUAUAUUAUAAGAAGCCACUGACCAUAUAUUAUAAGAAGCCACUGACCAUAUAUUAUAAGAAGCCACUGACCAUAUAUUAUAAGAAGCCACUGACCUUAUAUUAUAAGAAGCCACUGACCAUAUAUUAUAAGAAGCCACUGACCAUAUAUUAUAAGAAGCCACUGACCCUAUAUUAUAAGAAGCCACUGACCAUAUAUUAUAAGAAGCCACUGACCAUAUAUUAUAAGAAGCCACUGACCAUAUAUUAUAAGAAGCCACUGACCAUAUAUUAUAAGAAGCCACUGACCUUAUAUUAUAAGAAGCCACUGACCAUAUAUUAUAAGAAGCCACUGACCAUAUAUUAUAAGAAGCCACUGACCUUAUAUUAUAAGAAGCCACUGACCAUAUAUUAUAAGAAGCCACUGAACAUGGUCAUUCAUUAA